UCCGUCUUUACUUUGUAGUAAACCAGAUCACAGACUCCUUCCCUUCACUGCUCCAACCCCGCAAUCAUGAAGACUACCAACAGGCCCGAUGAGUGGAAGAUUGAGCAAGGCCUUGCUGGGGCUGAACUCCCCGUUCUUGAUAUGACGGGGCCCCAGACAAAGGUGCUCCCCCCUCAAACCUUUGGUGAUCUUACGAAGGACGAGGAAGCUAUCAAAAGUGUCGGUGAUUGCAACAAGCUCUUCGCGGAGGAGCGUGAAGGGUGGACUGGCUUCGUCGAAUGGGAGAAUUACCCAGACAAGAAGGCUGCAGCCCACAAGAUCUUGACGUCACAAACUUUCCCUCCUAAUCCGGAGUUUCAGCUUGGCCCUAUUCCCGCCAGCAACCCUGUUCUGCCUGGCACCCAUUGGAAGAUGUGGCACAAGGCAGUGGGUGGCGCCCUGUCCCGGAUACCAGAUGAUUCUUGGGAUAUUGUACUGAAGGAGAAGCACGCCGAUAUGCUCCAUUUGCUGCAAUUUCCCUACAACGGAGAGCCUCCCAAGCGCCUGGUGACUGACCAUGAGAUUACCCCCAACCCUUUGCACUUCGUUCGAAACCAUGGCGGUAUUCCUAUCAUCGAUAAGGAACAUUACAGCUUCCUACUGGAUGGUUUGGUCAAGGAAUCACGGUCAUUCACCUUGGACGACCUCAUGGACGAGUCCAAAUUUCCGCGCAUGGAAAAGACCAUCACAAUGCAGUGUUCCGGGACCCGCCGCAUUGAGCAGAUUCUGAAGUAUCCUGGCCAGGGUGACGAGGUUCCACAGGCCCCUUGGGCUGAGGGUGCCAUUGGCACCGCCAAGUACGUCGGUGUUAGUCUUAAGAAGGUGAUCAAAGCCUGCGGUGGCUUGACCGAAGGCGCCAAACACCUGGAGUUCUACGGCGCCGAUACCUACUUCAAGGACGACAAGACCAUGAAUUACCUCGUCAGUGUUCCCUGGUCCAAGGUCAAAGCUAACGAAGUCAUGCUUGCUUGGGAAAUGAAUGGUGAAGUCCUGCCCAGAAUCCAUGGAUACCCUCUCCGCAUCGUCGUCUUCGGUUAUAUCGGAGCUCGAAGCGUCAAAUGGCUUUAUCGCAUCAAGGCCAUUGAGCAGCCUACUCGCGCGCCAGUGCAAAGCCAGGAAUACCUGUAUUUCCCGCAGCAGGUCGGCAAGCACAACUUCAAAAUGACCGAUGGAAUCCAGAUCCAGGAGAUGCCCGUCAGCUCCGCCAUAAUGUCACCAUGGACCAAGCAGGUAGUGAUUCACAACGGCAAGAUCCGCUGCAAGGGCUGGGCCUAUUCUGGUGGUGGUCGCUGGCCGGAACGGGUCGAGCUCUCCUCCGACGGCGGUUUCAACUGGUACACAGUGCCGAUCGAGAACCUCUCCAAGAAGCGCAAGUGGACCUGGCGAACCUGGGAGAUGGAACUACCAUGCGAUGUCGAGGGCUGGAUUGAGAUUGUCUGCCGCUGCUGGGACAACUCCCUCAACACUCAACCUCCCGAUGUGCGGACCGCGUGGAACUGGGGGCUACACGUCACCAGCUCUUGCCACAGGAUCUCGGUCUACAGUGUGAACAAUACGCGACCGAAGACCCAGGCUCGCCUUCAAGAAUUUCAAGAAAAGGGCAUUCCUUUCGCCCCGAUCACUGUCCCGCUUGCCUUCCCCUCCCAGACCUGGGACGAUUACGAGAAAUUCUGGGGGACACAUGAUCCACGAGAUGCUGAGGAUGAGUAA